UUAAACAACCUCUCUCUCUCUCUCUCUCGCAAGUCGCAAUGGCUCCUGGAGGAAACCACUGGAAGAAGAAGCAGACGAAGAAGAAGAAGUAGAAGGAUGCUUACCGUGCAAUGCCUCUGGAUUUCGAACCUGCAGAUGAUUCUACCGUGAAUGUCCUGACUAAGCAAGGAUCUCUAGCUCAACCUAUCCCUGGCUCUUCUUCUGCCGGAAAAGGAAAAUCUGUGGCUGAUGAUGGAAGCUCGUCUGACAAUGAUCUACCUCAAGAACGUCCUGCAGUGACUUACACCAACAGGAAGAAUGGACCUGACCUCAAAAAACUUGAUGCCUUGUACAGGCCUAACAUCCUCGCCAUGAGCUCCUGGUCAGAAGCUGAAUAUGCAGAAUAUGACACUUACUUGGUCAAGAAGUGGGAGUGUAACGGGUUUGACAAAAGCGAUAACGCGUAUGUGAGCAUAAGAAGCCUCAACUCUAGAGUCUCGAUCUCAGCUAGGAGGUACUACCGCUUCAGACUCCCGGCACGUGGCAAGCUUCUCCCUUCUGUUGCUAAUGGCAUGCCUGACCUCUCGAAUAUGCAUAACUGGACUGGUGAGGACUAUGACUCUUACGAUUCGUUCCUGAUCAAUAAAUGGAAACUUUCUGGGUUUGGAGAAAACGCUGCUGAAGUCGUCUAUGUGGGCAUUCGUGACCCUAGCUCCAUGGUUUUCAAGGCUUCCAAGAGAUACUAGAAGGCUUGAUUUGACAAAGUGUUGUCAACUCAUCUCGCUGACAAACACUUUUUUUACUGUUCUUUUAUUAAAAAAAACAAAAGACAUAUGUGUGUUUUGACUUCAGCGGAAUGUUGCCUCUCCUAUUUUCCUAUCAUGCUUACAAACUUGUUAGAAGUCAAAAGAAUCUGCUUUUUAAA